GACUGUUUUCCUGGUUGCCUAGAAGCAGUACAGAAAAGGGGAACACAAGAUGGCUAGGCUGGUUUAAAAAAUAAGAAAAUCACACUGACGUUUACCAGGUUCAACUGUUGAGCUGAAAGAUGCCUGCCGCCGCAGACUGGAAGCUGCUCAUGGGAGUGGACCCAGAGGACCUGGGAGAUGAUGAUGAGAAAAUCUGCGAUUUGAUUUUAAUGGUCCAACCACGGGACCUGAAAGCAGAUGAUUCAGAGAAAAUGAUUCAGCUCUUUAGAAUCUCACAAACGCUCCUGAGGAUGAAACUUGAUGAAAUAAAAUGUGCCUAUGAAGUUGUAGAGAGAGCAGGUGUGGACCAAGCACGAAUUGAAAGUGAGCUGAAAGCUAAAGUUCUAAAACUGGAAGGUGAGCUGGAGAUGGCCCAGCGUGUGGUGGGAGGGGCGGACACUCGUUUCCUCCGGGAUGAGAUCCACCAACUGGAGAGUCACCUGGAGCGCAAGGAGAGAGAGGUGACCCAGCUGGAGAAAGAAAUGGGCAAGGAGAGGAAAGUCAAUGAGGAGCUGGCUGUCCGUGCUGAAGAGGCAGAGGAGAAGAACAGGAAAUUAAAAAGAGAGAUAAAGCAGCUUACCAAGAAGAAUGAACAGCUGCAACAGGAUGUCGAAUUCUACAGAAAGGAAGUAGAGCAGAGAGAGCCUCUUCAGACCAAAGAGGAGAGCAAUGAGAUUCAGAGGAGACUUACCAAAGCCAACCAACAGCUCUACCAAUGCAUGGAGGAUCUGCAGCAUGCCGAAGACAUGGCUGCCAACCUGAAGAGCGAGAAUGAGCACCUGCAGACCAAUCUGGAAGAGUCUGUGAAGGAGAUGGAGAAGAUGACGGAUGAGUACAACAAGAUGAAGAUCGCGGUCCAGCAGACGGACAGCAUCAUGGAUCAGCUGAGAAAAGAGAGAGAUCAUGCCAAGCUUCAGGUCAGAGAGCUAAGUGAACAGAUCCAGGCUAGAGUUGAAGAGGACGACCCAGUAAUGGCUGCUGUUCAUGCCAAAGUGGAGGAGUGGAAGAGUGUUUUAUCAGUGAAAGAUAUGGAAAUUUUGGAGUAUCAACAGAUGAUCAGAGAUUUGAGGGAGAAACUUCGAGCUGCUCAGAUGGACUCCGACAAAAGCAACAUUAUCGCACUGCAGCAGGCUGUGCAAGAGAGGGACAACCAGAUCAAGAUGCUGUCAGAGCAAGUCGAGCAGUACACUACUGAAAUGGAAAAAAACGCUCUGCUCGUCGAGGAGCUGAAAAAACCACUGAAGAAGGAAAAAGGUCAUGUCAGUGUGCAGCAGCGGAGGUUGGAGGACUUGAGCAGUAAACUGCUAUUGGCUGAGAGGAGAGCUCUGGAGGCCGAGCGUGCCGCCCAACUGGCCGAACGUGACGCCAGGGACAAAGACAAAGAACUCAAUGACACCCUCAGUCGAAUCCGUCUCUAUGAGUCUGGGACGGAUGGUUUGGAAGCGGCAAUCACUGAGAUCAAAGAUUGUAAAAAUCAAAUCCGAGUGAGAGACCGGGAGAUAGAAGCCAUGAUAAAAGACAUUAACCAGCUGGAGAUCAAAAUCAACAAUUUACUAGACGAGAACGAAGACCUACGAGAACGGCUAGGAUUAAAUCCAAAGGAAGAACUGGAUUUGAGUGAAUUUCAGAGAUCAAAGGUUUUGAAGCAGAGACAGUACAAAGCAGAGAACCAGGUCUUGCUGAAAGAGAUUGAGCGCCUUGAGGAGGAAAGGCUCGAGCUGAAACAACGCAUUCGUGCGCUCGUUAAGGACAAAGGCAUAACGGUAGUCAGUAGUUCACUGCUUGAUGACAGUGUUGAAGAAAAGCCCAGCAGAUCUCUUAGAGAGAGGCCUGUCUCUGGAUCUAACGAUGAAGAGAUCAAACGCAAAAACGAGCAUCUACAGAAAGAGCUGAGCAACAAAGAGAAAGAACUGGAGCUCAAGAGAACCGAAUCUGCCCAGUUCAAGGCCAAAUUGAAUGAAAUGCUGAACGAGAAUAAGCAGCUGGAGCAGGGAAUGAAGGAAAUCCUGCAGGCCAUCCAGGACGCUCAGAAGAAAACACCCACACCCGCUGGCGUCAAUAUUCCCAGCCUGGAGAGACUCGUCAGUGUGUUGGAGAUGAAGUACUCGGAGGGAAAGUUUGAUGCAAGCCUCCACCUGAGAACGCAAGUAGAUCAGCUGACCGGUCGCAAUGAGGAGCUACGCCAGGAGUUGAAGGCUGCGAGAGAGGAGGCAGCAAACACACUCUAUCAGUUAACGAAAGCUAAUGAGAAGGUUGCUCACUUGGAAAGUGAGGUUGAAGCAAUGAGCAAAUCAACUGGCACUUCCAUCCCCUACAAGACAUUAGCUCUGCCUGAAGAGAUGACGCCAACUAGUGUCGAGGUCAUCAACGCUCUCAAUGAAUACAUAGUACAACUCCUACAGGAGAUCAAAAACAAAGAAGAUUCCAUUGAGCAGAUAAGUUCAGCUCUGGAAGAGUAUAAAAGGAAAUUUGCAGUGAUGCGCCAUCAACAAGGACUUCUAUAUAAGGAGUAUCAAAGUGAGAGGGAGUCUUGGCAAAAAGAGAUGGACUUUUUUGCAGAACUGAAAUCCAAACUUGAGGAGCAAAGAGAGGUGGAUGUAGUAAAAAUCAAAGAGUACAAUCACUGGCUAGAGGCUCUUGAAAAGGACCCAAAUGAGAUCAAACAGCAGCUGGCUGAGACGGCUCGGAAAACCCUGGUUCUCAGGGUCAACGAGAAGUGUCUGACGCGACGUUACACGACUCUGCUUGAGCUCGAGCAACACUUGAGGAAGGAGAACGGCAAACUGAAGGAUGAUUUCAGAAACAUGGAGGCCGUGGUAACAGAAAGAAUUGGCUACCUGCAGAGGUUCAAGGAAAUGGCAGCGUUUAAAAUAGCUGCAUUGCAGAAAUCCCUUGAUGAUAGUGUUUCUGCAUCAGAGCUGGAGAGAGCCAACAAACAAUACACUGAGCUCACCAUCAAGUACAGAAACCUCCUACAGAAAGACAAUCACCUUGUUCAGAAGACAAACACACUGGAGCACCUAGAGAGGGAGAAUGUGUCUUUACAUGAACGCAUUAACUCCAUCAAUAAAGAGCUUGAGAUCACCAAGGAGAAGCUGCACACAUUGGAGCAGGCCUGGGAAAACUACAGCACGACUGGUGGUGAGAACAGCAUGGACAAGGCAGCCAAAGCCCUGGCCAACAGCGAGAUUGUAUCUGUGUCCAGGCGCAUCACCAUGCUGGAGAUGAAGGAGCUAAAUGAAAGACAGCGAGCCGAACAUGCUCAGAAGAUGUACGAGCACCUGAGGAACUCCCUCAAACAGGUUGAAGAGCGCAACUUUGAGCUAGAGACCAAGUUUGCUGAGCUCACAAAACUAAACCUGGAGGCUCAGCGGAUAGAGCGGGAGCUCAGGGACGAGCUGGCGGACAGUGUAAGCAAACAGAUCAGCGACGCCGAUCGCAAGCAAAUCACCGAACUGGAGAAAACUGAAGCAGAGCUGCGGAUUGAAGUGUCCAAACUGAGGGAGGUGUCCGAUGUCGCUAAAAUGCAGGUGUCCGCUCUGGAGGCCAGACAGCAGUCGAGAGAGAAGGAAGUAGAAAGCCUGAGGAGACAGGUGUUGGAUUACCAGGCUCAGUCCGACGAAAAGGCCCUCAUCGCCAAACUCCACCAGCACAUUGUAGCUCUCCAGCUGAGCGAGACCACAGCAAUCAGCCGGCUGGAGGCCGCCAACACGCGCCUGCAGAAACUCGAAGCGCAAAAGCUCCGAGUCGAACAGCAGCUGGAUGCCCAGCAGCAGACGCUGUGGCACGCAAGGCAGGAGGGGCAUCAGCGGGCAAGACACCUGCGCCACACCAUUCAGGCCCUCCGCAGACAGUUCUCAGGAGCCUUGCCACUGGCCCAACAGGAGAAGUUUUCCAACACCAUGCUCCACCUGCAGGAGGACAGGGCACGGGCCAGGGAGGAAGCGCAAAAGGCGGCGGAGGAAAGAAGGAAAGCAGAAGGGAAGGCACAAGAACUGGAGCUAAAGCUGAAGGGGUUGGAAGAGCUCAUAGCAACACUCAAAGAUGCUAAAGGAGCGCAGAAAGUGAUCGAGUGGCAUAAGAAACUGGAGGAAGUACGUCUGUUGGAAAUGAGGCAGAGCAGAGAGCUUAAUACCCAGCGGGAAGAGAUAAAAUACUUGAAGAACAUUAUGGCGGAGCAGGAACGCACCAUCAGCGGCCAGGAAGAGGAGCUGGUGCAGCAGAAUAAUCUUCUUGAGGAGCGGCAACUAAUCUGGGAUCAGAGAGAGGUGCAACUGGAGCGCCAGCUCGACUCCUAUGAGAAACAGCAGAAUGAAAUCCUAAGCACAGCUCAGAAGUUUGAGGAAGCCACAGGCUCUCUGCCGGAUCCAAAUCAGCCUUUAGCACACCAGUUAGACUACGCUCUUGGAAAAAUCAAAGAGCACGUUCGUACCAUCCUUGAGACAAAAGCCACCUGCAAAAUUCUGGAAGAGAAGCUGAAGGACAAAGAAGCUGCUUUGUGGACAUCAGAACAGAACGUCUUAUCUCGAGACAAAGUGAUCAAUGAACUGAGGCUUCGGCUCCCAGCCGCUGCUGAGAGAGAGAAGCUCCUGGCUGACCUGAGCAAACAAGAGGACUCUGAGAGCCAGCCCACCCUAAAAGUCGCCCACCAGACCAUUAAUAACUUACAAGGGCGCCUGGAUCAGAAAGAAGAGGUUCUCAAGAAGUACCAGAACAUGUUAGCAAAGGCUCGUCAGGAGCAGGAAGAGAUUGGCAAAAAGCAUGAGGAAGAGGUCAGGGCUCUGCAUCAGAAACUGGACGUGUAUAUGGACACAUCGCUGGACUGUUUCAAACAGACAGCUCUGGAGCUAAUGAAGAAACCCACCCUCACCGUACCCACCAAUAAGCACUUGGUGCGGUUGGCAGAAAUGGAGCAGACGGUAACUGAGCAGGACAAUUCGCUCUCCUCACUGACACACAAGCUGAGAGGGGUCAUUGCAGAGCUGGACCAACAGAGACAGCUGGCAGCAGCACAAGCCAUUGAACAUGCUGCAGAAACUUCCAGACUGGAGGAGAGACAUGUUGCCCAAAUGAAGGGUCUGUCGCAGGAGGCAGAAGAGCUGAGAACUCAGGUCGUUCAGAUGGAAAAAGAGCUGCAUUACCUCCGUACGGAAGUAGAGGCCCAGAAAGAGGCCAAUGUCAGAUCACCAUCAAACACCAUGAAGAACCUUGUGGAGCGGUUGAAGACACAGCUGGCACUCAAGGAGAAACAGCUGAAGGCUCUCAGUAAAGCUCUCUUGGAACUUCGUGGAGAGUUGACAUCUCAAGCAGAACAGCAGAUCAUCGCCAAUGCUGCUCAGAAGGAAGAGGCCCUCAAUGUUCAGCAGAUCGUUGACAAGCAGACCAAGGAGCUAAGGGCAUGUGUGAGGGACCUUAAUGAGGAGCUCCAGCUGGCUAAGGAUGGCGUACGAGCGGCAAAAGCCAGAGAAAACUCGCUGAAAGAGGAGCUGGAGAACUUGAACAUGGAUCUUCAGAGGAGCCAAAAAUCACAUAACAAGUUGCAAAGUGAGAAAGAGGCUCUGGAAGAUCAGCUGAAUGAGCAGAAGAAGAAGGUCCAGAGGCUCAGCAGUGGCCUACAGGCUCAGGCAGAGAGUGAUGGACCCACAGUAGAGGCUCUUCAGAAGAAGAUUCGUAAGUUAGAGCAGGAGCUGGACAGGAAGUAUAUCUCGGACCCUACAGACAAGAGGAGCGUACUGAAGGAGGACAAGUCUGCCAAAGAAGAAAUUGUGAGGUGGGAGGAAGGUAAAAAGUGGCAGGCCAGGGUGGAGAAAGUGCGGAACGUUCUCAAGGAGAAGGAGAAAGAAGUGGAUUCUCUGUCUAAACAAUUAUCAACGAUCAAGGAACUUUACAGCAGGUUGGAGCAGGAGAAGUUGGGUCUGCAGAGGAAACUAAAGGGUAGAGGAGUGACCGCAGAUCAGGUCGUUGGUGCACGGACCCUUGAAGCUGACAGAGAGACUGAAGAACUACAUAAAAGAAACGUUGAACUGGAGCAGCAAAUCAAAGUCAUAAAGCAGCAGCAGGCUUUACCCCGUGAUGCUGCAAUGGAGGAUAUCAUCAUCAGGAACCGAUAUCUUGAGGAGAGGAUUCACUCCCUGGAAAGUCAACAAUCCAAAGAGUCUCCAUCCAGACCAUCUGACAAACAUCUGACAUCGACAUCUCAGCUCAGUUCUUCAUCAAAAGUUCGUUCUUUGACUUUUGAUGUUAGUGAUGCUGAGCAAUCUCAGUCUCCAGUAUUACAUGACACAAUCCCUGGAUCAACUGAAAUUGAAAAGGAAGCAGCAACUCAAACUUUCUUCAGAAGUGCAGCAGAAGUGACUCGAAAUGAGGAACAGAACAAGGAAAAUUGUGUUGUUGAUCUACAACCAGAAGAUGUGGUGAAUGAAGUCGAAAAAGAGGAAUCUGUUGAGGAAGAAAAAAACGAACCAGAUAAGGCUCAAGGAGGACAAGAUAUAGUAGUUUCGGAACAUGCACUGGAAGAACUGAAGACUAAUAGAGAGACAGAAGAGAUAAAGUCAGGGCUGACACAUCAAGAAAAGGCUUUGGAAGAAGAUCAGCUGGAAGAUAAACUAGCUGAUAAUGGACACACACAUGCAGAAGAAAUGUUGGACAACAGUAGGACUCACACAGAGCCAGAGACUUCAAAGGUACAACUGGAGGAUUAUCCACAAGACAGAGAUAAGGAACAAGAGCCUGAAGAACAACAGAUUGAGAUCACAGAGUCUUUAAAAUCUGAAGAUGAUCCAAUACAUUUGAAAACAUCUGCAGAGGUUGAGGAAGAAGAAACGGUGAAGAAAACAGAAGAAGAAAACAGCGGUUCAACCACAUUUGAUGCCAAACUGGUGCCUGAAGAACCAACAAUGGAGGAGACCAUGUCCUUCAUACCAGUGGAAGAUGUGGACCCUAUUUUAAGUGAGGAUUUGAAAGGUUCCUCCCCUAAAGAGCUGAACCCUGAUCUGAAUGAUGUUGAAAGUAAACUUGAUGUCUUGGAUAUUCUGCAACCUGUAGAAUCAGCCUUCACCGACUUUCAUGACAAGGAGCAAACAAUGAAAAGCACAGUGAAAGCUCGAAAGACGUCUGGCCGGGGUUCUGGUACCCCAUCUCAAAGAGAACAUGAGUUCCAAAAAGAAAACCUCAGGUUGUCCUCUGAAAACCUUGAACUUCGUUUCCAACUGGAGCAAGCAAACAAGGACUUGCCUCGAUUAAAAGAUCAGGUGUCCGACCUCAAAGAGAUGUGCAGUGUUUUGAAGAAGGAGAAAGCUGAAGUGGAGAAGAGACUCAGCCAUAUUCGUGGGUCUGGCCGCAGCGGGAAAACCGUACCCGAGCUGGAGAAGACUAUCGCACUGAUGAAGAAGGUAGUGGAGAAAGUUCAGAGAGAGAAUGAGAGCUUGAAGAAGACAUCAGAAGUCAAUGUGCGUGAGCAGCUUGCAAAACUGGAACAGGACCAUGUGAAACUUAAGUCAGAAUAUGAAAAGCUGAAAGGAAAACAAGAGGAGCAGCUAAACGCAAGACUUGAGUCAAAAACCAAGGGCAUUGAGAAAAUCAUGAUGGAAAAUGAACGCUUGCGUAAAGAUAUUAAAAAGGAAGCAGAAGCUGUAGAAAAGCUGAGGGUCGCAAAGGCCAGUCUUGAAGUAACCAAUGAGAAACUAAAGGCGGAGCUCGAGGAGACCAAUCAGAGUCUGUUAUUAGCACAGUCAAAGGCGUCAUCUAUAGAGACGGGAGAAGGCAAACCCGGGAAAUCUUCAGUUGUGGCUAGGUUAUUUGAAAACAAGAUGAAAGGUCUUGAGAGUGAAAUCGCUAAGAAAAACUCCAGCAUAUCAGAACUGAAGGUGCAGCUAAACGAGGCUAAUGAGAAACAGCAUGCCACAAAAAUCGUUGUCAGCCAGCUGAAGGAACAAGUGGAACUUCUUAAAAAUAUCCCAGUGGAUUCGACCACUGACAAAGGACUUGCCAGAGAGUUUCAAUCAGUGAGAUUUGCCAAUAAACAACUUGAGAGAGAGAAAGCUCAACUUCUUCGACAGAUCCAAAGGUACGAUGAGCAGCUUGGGACCAGCAAAGUAGGACCAGGAUUCAAUGAGCUCCAGGAACAAAUUAAAGCCGCAAAUACCGAAAAAAAGAAAUUACAGGAUGAAGUAAGGAAACUAACCCAAGAGCUAAAAAGCUUUGACCCGACAUUUUUCGAGGAACUUGAGGAUCUUAAAUUUAAUUACAACGAGGAGGUGAAGAAAAACAUCAUCCUAGAGGAACAGCUGAAGAAGCUGUCGGAUCAGUUUGGUGUGGCGAUUCCUGUAGACGUGUCCAUCAGCUAACAGACAUCAGAUCAGAUUUUUCAGGUCAACAGAUUUUAUUGCUACAGCUUAUUUAGAGCCAAAUAUGUACAUGUAACAAUAGUGCAAUUAAUUAAGUUGAAAUGUUUUAUAAGUAGAUGUUUAUUUAU